AUGGCGGCUGGUUCUCUUUCUUCAAGCUUCUCUCUCUACAACUCCGGCUACCAUACGCCUCGUAAUUCACGAGGCGAUGGUAAUAACAAUGCCUCGGUCACGUUCAAUUGCAGAAAGCGUUCUCUCAUCUGUUUCUCAUCCAAGAACAAACCCAGCUUCGUCGACCAAAUUCUUGACUACACAUCCAAGAACAAACCCAGCUUCAUCGACCAAAUUCUUGACUACAUUGAAGGAGGGCCAAAGUUAAGGAAAUGGUAUGGGGCACCUGAUCGCCUCCCAAAAGAUGGGUCUGUUUUGGAAGAAGAUGAUAAAUUUUCAGAAGAAGAUGAAGUUAGGGAUGCGGUUCUAGUAACUGAUGGAGAUAACGAUAUUGGCCAGAUGAUAAUAUUGUCGUUAGUUGUCAAACGAACUCGGGUUAAAGCAUUGGUGAAGGAUAAACGAUCUGCUGUUGAAGCCUUCGGAAGUUACGUUGAGCCAAUGGCUGGAUAUACAAAUGACAGGUCAUUCCAGAAGAAGGCUCUAAGAGGUGUUCGUGCAAUAAUAUGCCCAAAUGAAGGUUUCUUAUCCCAAGUUGAGAGUCUAAAAGGAGUAGAACACGUGAUCGUAUUAUCCCAGUUAUCUGUCUAUAAAGGUACUGGUGGGAUUCAAGCGCUUAUGAAUAGUAAAGCAAGAAAACUGGCAGAGCAAGAUGAAUCAAUUGUAAUGGCUUCAGGAGUUCCUUACACCGUUAUCAAAGCAGGCUUGUUGCAGAAUACUCCUGGCGGGAAGCAAGGUUUUAGUUUUAAACAGGGUAGCGCAACACAGGGACGUCUUAGCAAGGAGGACGCUGCCUUCAUAUGCAUGGAAGUGCUUGAUGUGGUCCCACAAAGAGGACUAGUAUUUGAGGUGGUUAAUGGUGAAGAGAAGGUUUCGGACUGGAAAGAGUGUUUUGCAAUGUUGAUGGAGAAAGCUGAGCAGAAACUUCAAUGAAUUUGUGAAUGUCAAUGAAUAAGGGGUACUAGAAGUUAAUAUUUGUUUUGUUGGUUGCAUGUUCAUCUAUUUUGGGGAGACCGGUGUUCUUUACCCUUGUACAAUGCCCAUCUUUCCAUUGUGACCAUCACGUUUUAAUUUGUGUAUUUACCAUUGACCUUAGAUUAUUGGACCAAUGUGACAAUACUGAUUUGCGAUUGUGAUUGAAAUGUAAUUCUCCUUACCCAUCUCUUUGUAUCCCUAUUCCGAAUGC